CUUGGCGGCGAUCGUCUUGAUGACUUUACCAUCACUUCGACCUCGACUAUGCUGCCGUCACGCUAGUCAAUCAAACUAGGGUAGGGCCAUUCGCUCGCCUGUACUAUUCUUCUUCUUCUGGACUCGCUCGUAUGGACACGCUAGCCGCCGAUCUUCGACAGGCCGCCGACGAUCUACUCGAUGUACCCCAGGCCCGACCCGCUGAGCAGGCACGUCCCCCUCCUCGAGACCUUCCCACAUAUUCGUCCGCAUCAAAGCUGGUACCCAUAGCGUCGCCGACCGGUAGUGAGGAUCGAACGACCUCUCCAAUCAAUUCUCACCUGGCGCCCGUUGCCGUCAGGCAGCCCAUCAAGCUUGCCGGCGACGCGCUGAGCAGCGACGUGGAGGAGGAUGCGGAGGAUGACGAUCGCUUCAAGGCUCUCUCUACAAGGACAUUACCUCUUCGUCCUUCCUCCGCAAAUUUGGUCGGCCAAGCAUCGCCCAGCAGAUCAACCUUGACCUCACCAGCAUCAGCCACGGCUGAAUUCUUUCGACGAGCGACAGCGUCUCCCUCGAAUCGAGGGCGUGGCCACAAAGACGUCUGGCUCAAUGCGCGAGGCGAGAGAGUCAUCGAUGGGAGCGUCGUGAGCAAGCUGGCGCUCGCAGACGGAGAGCCGGAGGACUCAGCAUCAUCUAGACUUGUAGCUGUGAAUGGAGCAGAUGAGGAGAGGGCUGGUGACGACGGCGAGACCAGCGGUAGUGGGCUCCUAGGCAUGGCCUCUUCGACCUCGACUUUGCGCGCUUCUCCCUUUGACCCUUCACACGGCUCACAAAGUCGACUGCAUACGCCGCGCUUCUUCAUACAGAGCUUUCCAGAUGCGAUGCCUGCCUCGUCGUCACCACACAUGGGCGCAUACAGCGACGCGGAGGAGCACGCUGCAGAGAUUGUAAGGUCCCAAGCAUGGCCAGUCAGAUCUCCUCCGUCGUCGAGCUCAAGAGUGUUCGCUCCGUCGAGCAAGCAGGAAGCAGCUGGAGUCUGUCUUACAAACAUCAACAGCGACGUCGUACAUCUCCAUGGCAACAAGCGUGCGGAGAGGGAAGCAGAAGAGCAGCAGGCUCAGCUCUACACCGACGAGGCGCUUCGCCCUGAAGGAGAGAAGGCAGAUCAAACGCUGCUUGACAGGGCGACCUCGCUCUUCACGACACAGCUCGACUCGCCGCCGCACGAGCGAAAAGAGAUCGACGCCGGUCCCUCCACCCCUAGCACCAGCGCGAGGCAACCCGAAGCCAAUGACCAUGUGAAUGAUAUUACUGCAUCUCCCGACGAGACCGCAUCUCUCCGCUCUCUCUCGCAGGGUGACUCCUCAUCCCUUGUCUCCCUACCCGUCUCCAGCAUCCCAGGCUCAACAGACACGUCAAGCACCUCCCGUCGGCACCUCCUCCGCCGAACAAGUAGCACAGGUUCCGCCCGUUCACGUCACUCGCGCUCCCUUUCCACCAGCAGCAACGGUGGCGGUGGUGUCUCAUCAGCGAAUGUAUUCGCUCGAGACGUACGCGUGCGCGGCUGGUCUGAAGUGGGGGGACGUACGCGGGGCUAUGUCACAUUCGAAAUUGUCCUCCUGACAAAGAAAGGCCUUACAAUCCGGGCGCAUCGGCGAUACUCCAGCUUCGUCAGCUUGCGUCGCGACUUGCUCGCCGAAGCGCCUCAUCACGCGCCAGCCUUGCCCGGUCUGCCACCGAAGGAUGUCUUGCAUAAGUUUUCGGCCAAGCAUUUGGAGAUGAGGAGGCUGGCAUUACAGCGAUGGUUGACGGGGGUCAUGCUUGACGCGAGGUGGGGAGGGAGGAGGGCGUGCAGGGAAUGGUUGGUUGGGAGUGAGGGGGGAUGAGGGGCAAGAAGUAAAGUACAGUGGACGCAAGGUUCUUGAGGCUGAGAAGCGGCUGGGUGAGGCAAAGCGCCCUUGUGAGCUGCUCCGAUGAAGGAUACGCAUUUGUAUUUGUACAUCUUUUCCCUGCUACCAAGAUAAGGUCGCACUUCUCUCUUCAUAAUGGCCAGGCCUCUUGGCGGCAAGCGUUGAUCCCUUCCUUCACUUGAUGCCGCGCCACUCUGCAGGGCUGCCUGUUGCGCCCUGCCUCCUCCUUGAAGCCCUUCAACCCCUAGUCUCUACUUCCUGUUCACAUCCCUACCUGCGGUAGCCUGUUGCGCUGGCUCGCCAUUGAGCACUUUCUCGUACCGGCAGCUCGGCUUGUCCAGGAAAGUCAGUGACCGCACAUCGAGGUAGCAUGACGGAAAGCAGCAGGGCUUCAGCCUGGCUUCAAGAGUCUCCUA